GUCACGUGCUCUGAAGCAGUGUCACGUGCUGUGAAGCAGCAGACUCAUUCAUGCCUGCACAGGUGUUGGUGUUGUACUUUGCUAAAAGUGCAGAGUUGACCGGUGUGAAGCAGGAAGAGGUCGCCGCCGUGCCAACACCAAUCAGCAGCCGGGACCUUUGGAACCUGUUGCUACGGCGACACCCACGACUGUGUGCGCUGCAGGACCACGUGGUGCUGGCGGUGCGUCAGGAGUACGUUGCCAUCGGCGACCAGGUGCUUGUGUCCCUGGUGGACGGGGACGAGGUGGCGGUGGUGCCGCCUCUCAGCGGAGGAUAGAACACGAGGCAGACGAAAUGUCAGAGGAGCAGAGCGACGCCCUGAAGCUGAGCCAUGAUUGGCUCUCAGUACAGGAAGUGGUGGAUGCCGUCAACAGCGCUUCCUGUGGAGCUGUUUCAGUGUUUAUAGGUACGACCCGUGAGGACGUGGUGGGCGGCGGCAGGAAGGUCAGCGCUCUGGUGUACGAGGCGUACGAGGCGAUGGCUCAGUCCGAGUUCUCUAAAGUGUGCGCUGACAUCAGGGAGCGAUGGCCGUCUGUGACGCACAUCUGUGCUCACCACAGACUGGGGUGUGUGAAAGUAGGCGAGGCCAGUGUUGUCAUGGCGAUCUCCUCUCCUCAUCGCCAUGACGGCCUGCAGGCGAUUCAGCACUGCAUCGAGCAGCUGAAGGCCAACGUCCCCAUCUGGAAAAA